CUGCUGAUGAUGGCUGGGAUCGAUGACUGCUACACCUCGGCCAGGGGCUGCACCGCCACCCUCGGAAACUUCGCUAAAGCCACCUUCGAUGCCAUCUCCAAGACUUACAGUUACCUGACCCCCGACCUCUGGAAAGAGACCGUGUUCACCAAGUCUCCUUACCAGGAGUUCACUGAUCACCUGGCAAAGACCCACACGAGGGUCUCGGUGCAGAGAACCCAAGCAGCUGCUGUGGCGACAACCUAAGCGGUUUUUGUACGAGACAAUAAAGCGAUCAGUGAACCAGAAA